AUGGCUACUAGUGCUACUGCAGUAGUUCCUGGUUCUCCUCCUGCUGCUGUAGCCACUAGUGCCACUAAUGCUGUUGCCACUCGUACUACUGCUUCAAUUGCUACUAGUGCUACUGCAGUAGUUGCUGGCGCUGCUGCUGUUCCUGUAGCCACUAGUACCACUAAUACUAUUACCAAUAUUACUACUGCUUCAAUUGCUACUAGUGCUACUGCGGUAGUUCCUGGUUCUCCUGCUGCUGUUGCCACUUGUAAUACUCCUACCGCUGUUGCUGCUGGCAGCUGUUACGACGCCGAAGCUGCAGCAGAAGCUGUUGCAAUUUGA